AUGAUAGGUAUAUCCGCCUGGGACUACGUUUACAUUCGAACAUGCAUAUUCCUCCUGCAUCUCAUUGCACCCCUUGGCGUUAUCUAUUCGCUCGUCAGCUGCUUAAUCCAUCCCCCGUUCUAUGUCCCCCAUGUGCUAGAGGUGUGGCUCAAUCUCGAGGCAGUAUUCUACCUUCUCGUCUAUCUCCCGCGCAAAACUUACCUCCAGACAGUCGUGACACAUCCCACCGCCGGCCGUGACGAUCGCCGGAGGUUGUUCUGGCGCUGCCACAGCAAUAUCCCGGAUCCGGAACGGUAUCUAGCGAAAUGGUUCCGGGAUGCGCCUGUGGCAGAGAUUAGACGGGAGAACGUUAAGGACUUCUUCCGGUGGGCGUUCCUAAACUCUGGCGAGCCUGAUCCGGCAUAUGACGAGGAGCUGGAGGAGUAUAUUGGAGAGAUGGAGAAGUUGUUGGGGAGGAAGCUAGAACCUGGCCGCGGUGUUGCGCAGUGCCUUAGAUUAACGCUUGAUAAGGUCGAGAUGCUACAUAGGAGUUUGAUAUGGUAUCUGUGCGUAUUUGUUGUCGAUGCGUUAGCAUCUAUCUAUUUGCGCUUCUACUCCUUCGACUUCCACCGCACGUCAUUGUUACAGUUUCUCGCCGUUUUCCCCACGCGCCUCCUCAAUCUCUUCAAUAGCUAUCGUUCCCCUGCGAGAACUCUCACUUACUGGUACCGGCCGCAUACUUCCAGGACCAGGCUCCCCGUUUUAUUCAUACACGGUAUCGGCGUUGGCCUCUACAUGUAUGUACCAUUUUUGGCCGACCUUAAUGUCGAAGAUAGCAAGGACUCGUCGGAUGGGCAGGUGGGGAUCAUCGCUAUAGAAAUUAUGCCAAUAAGCUCUCGGAUAACAGCUGAGGCAAUGUUGAAGGAUGAGAUGUGCGAGGAGGUUCAUUGCAUUUUAACGGCACAUGGGUGGGAAAGAUUUAUACUAGUGUCACACUCCUACGGAAGCGUAGUUGCUACGCAUCUCCUCCGCAAGCCACAGAUCGCAAGCAAGAUCGGGCCGACUUUGUUUGUUGAUCCUGUGUCAUUCCUGCUACAUCUCCCCGAUGUAGCAUAUAAUUUUAUCUGUCGGAAGCCCACCAACGCCAGUGAACACCUGCUCUCUUACUUCGGCGCUAAAGACAUGGGCGUCGCGCAUACGUUAUGCCGACGUUUCAUAUGGUCUGAUAAUGUCUUGUGGAAGGAAGACAUCCAGCACCAUCGCGUGGCCGUUGUGCUAGCCGGCAGAGACGCAAUCGUGGACACGAACGCAGUUGCAGCGUAUCUGACGGGCACAGAUGACUGGGCUCUGGAGACUGAAAGCUGGGAAAAUGGAAUAUGGAAAGGUGACGGGCUGGAUGUGCUGUGGUUUCGAGAUUUAGAUCACGGAGAGGUCUUUAGCCGGAGGAGGACGAGAAAGAGGUUGGUGGAUAUUAUUAGCAGAUUCGCUGCGGACGAAUAG